CUGAUCCGAUCUUGCAAAUCGUGAAUCACUAGGCAAGAUGUAACGUUAUUGAUGGGUUAUUAAGGAGAAUAUGGAAAAUCAAUGGGAUGAUAAAAUGUUAAGUGUGUAACUGAUUUAUAAUAAUCCACUCCACAUUAGUAAUGCCUUUGUAACUGGAUAGUCUCUUAAACGCUCGAGCGUCGCCCACUCCACUGUCCGUGCUGAUUGGACAGGGCUUGGCCACAAACGGUGACUUCACAAAAAAACAGAAGGCGACCCCAAAGAUAAAAAACAAGCCACGCUCAUCGAUGUGGCAGUGUCCUCCGUCCCUUUCACCUGUCAGUAGUCACCUCGCCCGCGCGCCUAUCAGAAAGCGACCGCGAGCGCUCCUUCACGCGUAACGGCACUUCAAAGUUGACCCAGGAACCGUUCCGUUCCGGCGUUAAGAUGCCCAGAGGAUUUUUAGUGAAGAGGAGUAAACGCGGCUCAGCGGCUUCUUACAGAACUCGUAAUGACAACGAACUGCCAAAAGUGGACAUGCAUGUGCAUACACCGGAGGGGCGAACUGGUGUGCCUAAUGCGUACCCAAUUGUGCCGUUAUCCGAGGAUGGUACAUUUGGAGAGCCAUGGACCAGCGACCCGGCUGAAGCGGAUCAGGUUCAGCUGCCGGAGAGCGCAGACAAGGUGGAGAUCAGGGAGGACUUUGGGAAAUACCCCCUACACUAUCCCCUCACUGAACCGGACCAUGACGGGUCUCCUGGCCGGGCUGACCUCUCCUAUAGCCCGAUAAAACCAGUUGGCACUGAGCUGGAAAAAUCUUUCUUCGACCGGUGUAUGAGUUCACCAACCGUGACAGAGACGUUCCCGAUGAGCACGCCCGUGUCCUCAAUAGAAAGACUUCUACUAAAUCACGCGCCCUUUGGACACUCUGAUAUGAAAUUCGACCCACCUGUGCACCUCUACCCAUCUCUCCAUCAUGCUAUGAAGCGCACGUACAUGGAGCCGGAGCGAAAGACCAAGCCAGCACCCAAAAAGCCUAAAGUGAUCAGGAAGCUCAGUUUAGAGGAUGAAAUCUUCACCUCACCAGUGCUUGGGCUGAGAAUUAAGAAGGAGACCCCUGAAUUUAAAGCAGCAACAGCAUCUUCUGGUAAAAAGAAACCGUUGGGAGAAUUCAUCUGCCAACUCUGCAAAGAGGAAUAUCUUGACCCUUUCUCCCUCGCACAACACAAGUGCUCCAGGAUUGUGCGCAUAGAGUACCGCUGUCCAGAGUGCGACAAAGUUUUCAGCUGUCCUGCCAACCUGGCCUCUCAUCGCAGGUGGCAUAAGCCUCGUCCGGUUAACAACGGAGAGGCACAGAGCGCAAAAAAGUCACAACCAGAGGCACAGUUGCACGAGAGGACAUCCGUGGAAGGGAAAGAGAAUGCGAGCGAGUUGAGAGUUAACAAUCAGCACCACGUCUCUCUGGACAGCUCCAUUUGUCAGCGGUCCAUCACGGUGGACAGCUCCCACAGACAAGAACAGAUACUCAGGAGGGCACAGGAGAGCCCGCCGCCCUUCGAUCCGCGCUACCGGGUCACGGAGAAAAGCAUGGACCUGCACAUCAGAGUGGGUGACAGCUCAAGCACAAUGCAUUGUCCGGAGACUGACGUUGCCUCUCCCUUCUUACAGAACUCCGGGACAGUUGAGGAGAUUUACGAAUGUCGCUAUUGCAGCAAGAAGUUCCGAAGACAAGCGUAUCUGAGGAAACAUCUUGCGGCGCACGAGACAAUCAAAGUCUCGCCCUAUAACCAGAUAGAGAGUGGGCAAAUCACGUUUCCCUGUCACUUGUGCGGUGCCCAUUUCCCAUCCGCUGAAAUUCGGGACAAGCACAGAGUUUGGCAUGCAAUGAGAGACGACAUUCUAAUGAAUCCAGGGAAGAUUGCGGGUAGACCAGAAUUAAUUAGACCAGACCUUACACAGGGAGAUCAACAGAUAUUCACCUGUAAGCACUGCCCCUCUACCUUCUUCAGUUCUCCUGGGCUCACGAGGCAUAUCAACAAGUCUCACCCUACAGAGAACCGGCAGGUGAUGCUGCUACAGAUGGCAGUCCGGCCCGGCUGCUAAUAGCCUAGUCUACUGCAACACUGUAACCCAUGAGCAACAAGUGGAUUCAUUCAUUACUACAUGUGAAAGUAUGAAUGUGUUUUCUUUGUACUACAUGUGAUUGUAUUGUAACUUAUUAUACUACCUGAUCAGGUCAAAAACAUUCACCUAUUUUCAUUACAAGAUAGUAUUUUUUGUGUUUGUUGCAAUGACAGAUUAGCCUACAGCCCACUAUGACCACAUUUUAACACUUGCUUUUGGCCAUAUAUUCACUAAUGUACACUAUUGAUUGAUUUACAGUGUAAUGAUUGUUGAAACAUUUAACAGUGAAAAUGGGUAUAUAAAAAUGUUUUAAAUAUUCAAGAGCUGUCAUUUUAAGCAUGUAAUGAAAAUAAGAGGUUGAUCCUGUGAAUGGGCCAUCUCAAGAGUAUCAGACCUCACCACCUUUAUCUUAAAAUGUAGUUCCUAUGGAAAUUGAAUGUGCUUGUUCAGUAUAGUUGUGGAAUUGAUUUCUAAACCAGCAAGGCUAUCAAGAUUAGUAUUUUCAUACAGAAAAUCAAGCGUACCUGUUAGAGUAUAAAACUGUUUUAGUGAGUUUAAAAAUGUAUUUAUUCUAUAAAAUGUAAUUGCUCAAUAAAUGCCUUCAUGAUGACGAUGGUUACAAUUAUGUUGUAUUUUGAUAUGUAGCCUAGCGAACAUGAAAAAAAACUUACUUUGAUUGUCAAUAAACACAAGUCUGUGUGCAUACUAAUGAUGGCUACUAUACAGUAUUUGAUGAGAUUCUCACAGAGCUAUUCCAAUAACAAGCAGGUGGUAAGAAUACUUUUUAUUGUCAAAUUCCAUUGCACACCCACUCUCUUUCUGGACAGCCAUUACAAAUGUAUAGAUACAAGUAUGCCAAUACUAUUUCAUUUUGUGUGAUUGUGUGUAGAUGUUAUACCAACACAUGCAGUUAGUAGGCCUACUGGCAUCAUGCAGUAUUUGGUCAGUAGUAACAUACAGUAUAACUCCAUAAAUGAGCAAGUCAUUUCUUUUUUAAAUGUUUUUUAAACUUUACAGUAUGUACAAGUUUCAGUCCCGUCUGAGUGUAGGGAGAGAGCAAACCAAUCUUAUCCAAUCUCCUCAGCUUUAAGUAAGGAUGCAGCAUGAUUUCCUCACUCUCUCUGGCAAGUUUUUAGUUCUCAUCCUCGGUUAUCUUAUAAUAACUCUAUCGGAACGGAUUUCAAGCUCAUAUAUUCAAACGUAACACAAAAAUAACAUGGAUUUGACCUUAGACAUGGCAGCAGUUUUUAAAAGAUAUUACAACCAAAAAGGUCCAAAACAGGUAUUUACAAUCCCUUUCCUCUCUAGCAGAGAACCUAUAGCUGAAAGCAAAUAACGAUAAAGUAUAGCACAAAAUAAUAGCAGAAUUCAAAGAUAAAAAUGCAGUGUUUGCCCUGUUAGUGUGUCGUAAAGUUGGACACAGUUGGCAACUGGAGUGACAAAGGGGUGGGUCGUUCUUGAAUUGCAGUGGGAUUUGCCUCCCUUGCCUUCGCAACCACGAAACACACUUUAAAAUGACAAAUAUAGUUACACAUCAUACAUGCUUUUGUCUAUAGGGAACAGUUUAUCAAUACUAAAACAUCAUGUAAGUCCUUUAUACUGCAACACUUUAUGUUUAUGCAUUGUUUAAAGUACUAAGGAUAAGGAAAUUGGCUUUUUCCAGUAGUGAUGUAGAGUUGUAUUGACAUGUUUUGGGGAUUUAGUGAUCGAUUAUUUUGAAUACUAGAAAGUGAACAAAAGUAUUUAAUAGAUUGUAUAGAUCAGGGAUAGGCAA